AUUCAACUUUAUAAUCACAAACCCUCAAUAAUAAAACUGAAAAUAAGAGAAUCAAAUUCAGUUUCCAUUCACGCAUCUCCGAUUGCGUGUGGCCUACUACGGUGAUGCUUUCACAGUUAUCAUUCUAACACCAAAUGAAACUCUCAAACGAACCCAAACAAUGACCAUAAUCACAAUAACAUAGUUCAGUUUUUUCUUCUUAUUUCCAUAGUUAGGUGUUUUUGAAGCGCACUCAGAAAACUCUACUUCACUGGUUGCGAAAUACAUAACAAGUUAGUUUUAUUUUCAUAAUUUCAGCCCAGUUUAGGGUUAGGUUGGCAUUUUAGUUGAAGAUGUCUCUGCGGAUAAAGGCUGUGGUGGAUAAAUUCGUUGAGGAAUUGAAAGAAGCGUUGGAUGCUGAUAUUCAGGAUAGGAUCAUGAAGGACAGAGAGAUGCAAAGUUAUAUCCAAGAACGUGAACGCGAGGUUGCUGAACGUGAAGCUGCUUGGAAGGCUGAUCUUUCUCGUCGCGAGGCAGAGAUUGCUCGACAAGAAGCAAGGUUAAAGAUGGAGAGAGAUAAUCUUGAAAAAGAGAAAAGCGUCUUAAUGGGAACUGCGUCAAAUCAAGAUAAUCAAGAUGGUGCUCUUGAAAUUACAGUAAGUGGUGAAAAAUACAGAUGCCUCAGAUUCGCCAAGGCAAAAAAGUAAGACUUUAACAGGGCGACUUAAAGGAAAAAGUUCAUUCCUCCCUUCGCCAAGAGAGGGUUGUUCCUGCUGAAGACUGGCUUAGCUCAAAUAAUGUACAUCUAGGAUCAUGUAUUCACAUUUAAUUGUUUUAUUGCAGUUUAUCAUUCUGCCAGAUUUGAAAAAAAAUGUUAUUACUUGCUCAAUUAAAAUUUUUAUAUGAUUUUUUCUGUGA